AUGACUGAGCGGACGCCUCUCCUCCACUACCGCCUGUCUGCCAGCGUGAAUGAAUCCGAGCGCCAGUCGCUGCAGUCGGGUCAUGCCGUGGAGCAGCCCCGUAAAGGUCCCAGGCACCGGUCCUCUGAGCACGGAUCACCCAAGAAACUGUCCACCUUCUUCGGGGUGGUCAUCCCUACCCUGCUGUCCAUGUUCAGCGUGGUGGUCUUCCUCAGAAUAGGUUUUGUAGUGGGACACUGCGGACUGUACCAAGCGUUCGGGAUGUUCUUUGUGGCUUACGUCAUCAUCUCGCUCACGGUGCUGUCGGUGUGUGCCAUCUCCACCAACGGAGCCCUGGACGCCGGAGGAGCCUACUACAUGAUCAGCAGAGCUCUUGGUCCAGAGUUUGGCGGCAGCAUCGGCCUCAUGUUCUUCCUGGCCAAUGUGUGCGGCAGCGCCCUCUAUGUGCUGGGUUUGGUGGAGGCGGUUCUUGCCACUUUCGGUGUUCCGGAAGACGGCAUCAUCACGAGCCAGUACCAGGUGCUGCCGUCGGGGUACUGGUGGUCCCUGCUGUACGGGACGGUGAUGGCCCUGCUGUGUCUGCUGGUGUGUUUGGUCGGAGCCGAUAUCUACUCCAAAGCCGCCUUCCUCAUCUUCCUGGUGGUGAUGGUGGUCCUGCUCACCAUUUUCAUCAGCUUCUUUGCCGUGACGCCUCACGUGGUCACGCUGCCGGCCGAAGCCACGCUCAACCCCAACGGCAACGGGACCCUGGGCCCCACCACGGCCAACUUCACCGGCUUCAAGAUCGACACUCUCCUGGGAAACCUGUGGGCCGACUACACGGAGGAUUACACUACGCACAAAAUGAUGACCUUCGCCACGGUCUUCGCGGUCAUGUUCAACGGCUGCACGGGGAUCAUGGCCGGCUCAAACAUGUCCGGAGACCUGAAGAACCCCAGCUACUCGAUCCCUCGCGGCACCAUCACCGCCGUCAUCUUCACCUACAUCAUCUACAACCUGCUGUGUGUGCUGGAGGCCUGCUCCUGCGACAGGUCAGAAACACGCUCUGUGGUCCACACUGCCGGCUCCUCUCUGCCGGCUCCUAAGUGGAUUUUGCUUUUUGUGUUUUUUUUGUAG